AUUGCCGGUAAUAACAUAACUAUAAGCUAUUUAGAAAUAUCCUCGGCAAAGCUGGUGUAAUUAUUUUGUUUUUUGUGUGGUAAAAUAACCAUUAACAUUUUACGAUGCCUUAUGCAAAUCAACCAUCUGUACAAAUAACCGAACUCACUGACGACAAUGUUAAAUUUGUUUUGGAGGAUACAGAAUUAAGUGUUGCAAAUAGUUUGCGACGUGUUUUUAUAGCCGAGACGCCAACACUUGCUAUUGAUUGGGUUCAGCUUGAAGCAAAUUCUACGGUGCUCUCUGACGAAUUUUUGGCACAUCGCAUAGGACUUAUACCUUUGAUAUCUGAUGAAGUUGUGGAACGCCUGCAAUACACACGCGAUUGUAUUUGUUUAGAUUUUUGUCCAGAAUGCAGCGUAGAGUUCACUCUUGAUGUUAAAUGUACUGAAGAACAGACGCGCCAUGUCACAACUGCCGACUUGAAAUCGAGUAACCCGAAAGUUUUGCCUGUAACAUCGCGGCACUUAAAUGAAGAAGAUAAUGAAUAUGGAGAAAGUACGGAUGAAAUUUUAAUUAUUAAACUUCGUCGAGGACAAGAGUUGAAAUUGAGAGCUUAUGCGAAGAAAGGCUUCGGUAAAGAGCAUGCCAAAUGGAAUCCUACUGCUGGCGUAUGCUUCGAAUAUGAUCCGGACAAUGCAAUGCGACAUACAUUAUAUCCUAAACCAGAUGAAUGGCCGAAAAGUGAACAUACCGAAUUGGAAGAUGAUCAAUAUGAGGCCCCCUACAAUUGGGAAGCCAAGCCGAAUAAAUUUUUUUAUAAUGUGGAGUCGUCUGGCGCAUUGAAGCCCGAAAAUAUAGUAAUAAUGGGCGUACAAGUACUUAAAAAUAAAUUGUCUAAUUUGCAGACACAGUUAAGUCAUGAGACACAAAAUGAUGCAUUAGCGGUGUAACAUUAUAUUCAUAAAUUUUGAGCAAAUAAAUACGUUAAAAAAUUAUCUUUUA